UAUACUCAGGAGCAUUGGAAUAACCUGUUACCUCAGGGGAAGUUCUAUAAAGGAACAUCCCACCCUGACAGAAGCAGUCUGAGGCGUUUGCAGGUUUAAUACCAAAACCGGGGCGUCUUUUCUCAUACUUGCUCCUCCACCCAUACUCAACACUUUCUCUUUCUGGCUGAUGAGAGUUCAAACACUGCAGCAAUGCCUCCUCCAGGUGUGUGUAUGAACAUUAUCAAUGCCCGUCACCUGAAAGAUGGUUAUGGGACCAUCACUAAUCCUCAGAAGUUUCUGGACCAAGACUUUGAGCAGCUGAAACAGUACUGUUUGAUUAAACAGGUAAGGUACAUCGACGACAUGUUCCCCCCUGACGUGAGGUCCAUUGGGAGUGGGUUACUGGAAGCUAAAGACCUGCAGCGAGUGGUGUGGCUGCGACCACAUAAAAUGGUUCUCAAUCCAAUUUUUGAAGUUGAUGGGGUCUCCAGGUUUGACUUUGGUCAAGGCAUGGUUGGAAACUGCUGGUUUCUUGCAUCAAUUGGAGCUCUGACAUUCCAGAACUACAUUCUUAAUCAGGUUGUUCCACAUCAAAAAAUUGAUGAGCAGUACUGCGGGAUAUUCCACUUCAGGUUCUGGAGAUUUGGAAAAUGGGUUGACGUCGUCAUUGAUGACAAACUACCAACUAUAGAUGGCAGACUGCUCUUUGUCCGCUCCAAAAACCCAACUGAGUUCUGGCCUGCUUUGCUGGAGAAAGCGUAUGCCAAGGUGUGUGGUUCCUACUCGGACAUGAAUGCUGGAACUCCUUCGGAGGCCAUGGUGGACUUCACUGGUGGAGUUCACAUGAAUAUUGAUCUGACCGAACCUCCCGCAAAUCUGUGGGAGUUGAUGUGCAGAGCUGACCAAUCCAAGUCACUGAUGGGCUGUGGUACACCUCAGGGGGCCACAUCUGCCAACACUGUUUUACCAAAUGGAAUCGUCCAAGGACAUGCCUACACUGUCACAGGUGUGAAACAGAUGAUGAGCCAAGGGCAACCGGUAAACCUGGUGCGUUUGUGGAACCCCUGGGGCGAUGGAGAGUGGAAAGGAGACUGGAGUGACAAGUCACCUUUGUGGCAGACCGUGAGCCCUCAAGAACUCCAGAUGUGCCUUUUUGUGGCUGAUGAUGGGGAGUUCUGGAUGACCCUGGAAGACUUCUGUAAGUUCUAUAGUGAUUUGGACAUCUGCUGCCUGUGUCCCGACUUCCUUGAUGGAAGUACAACUUGCCACUGGAAGACUUCCUUCUAUGAGGGCCGAUGGGUUGCAGGAACAACUGCCGGAGGAUGCAUGAAUAACAUGAACAGCUUCUGGACAAAUCCGCAGUACCGGGUCAAGAUUGAGGAAUUACUCGAUGAAUGUUCUGGGAAACAGGGUGAGAAAAACAUGCUGGUGUCUCUGAUGCAAAAGCCUGACAAGAGGAACAGACGCCUGGUCAAAAAUCUCCACAUUGGAUUCUCUGUAUUUGAGGUGACUGAAGAAAACAAGGCACUUAAGGGGAAGUUCCCAGGCUCUUUCUUCAACGUGAACAGACUGGUCUACACAACUAAAUCCUUUGCGAAUGCACGUGAGGUGAUGGGGUUCGUGAUGCUAAAGCCUGGCGAGUACCUGAUCGUUCCAUCCACCUUUAAUCCCAAUGAGACUGCCUCCUUCCUCCUGACCAUCCUCUCCAAGGCAGAGACCCACGUCCAUGAGAAUUCUGAUGGCCAUUACCACGAACCUGGGGAAGCGAUGGUGGAGGACAAAGGAACUGAAAAUGAGGAGAACGACAAGAAAACCUUUUUCCGUCAAUACUCUGAUAAGUACGAAGAAGUGGAUGCUGAGCAGCUCCAGAGGCUCCUAAAUGGAAACAUCCUGAAAGGAGACUUGAAAUCUGGAGGCUUCAGCAUUGACGCCUGUCGCAGCAUGGUUGCCCUAAUGGAUACAUCAAUCACAGGAAAACUGAAUGGAGAGGAAUUUAUUCGCCUGUGGAAGAAGGUUGAAACGUACAAGGACAUUUUCUCCGUCACUGAUGCUUCAAAGACAGGAACACUGUCACUGAGUGAGCUGAGGAAUGCUAUCAUUGCUUCAGGAAUCAGGGUCAGCGAUGACAUGCUGAACUUGUUGGCUCUGCGUUACGGAGCCUCCUCUGGACACAUCUCACUGGAGAGCUUCAUCAGUAUGAUCCUGCGCUUCGACUGCAUGAGCCAAAUCUUUGGCCAGUUGUCUAAUGGGAUGAACAUGACUCUCCGUGAGCCAGAGUGGAUGUACCUUUCGAUGUACACUUAAACUGAAAUGGACAGCAGGAUGCAUUUGGAAUAACAGCAGCUCAUAAUGCUGAAGACAAAAAGAGAUUUACUUUUCAUGAAUAAGUUGUGUAAUUGUUUACAACCCUAUGUACAUAAAAAAUGAUGUUCACACUAAAAAUAAUCAUUUCUGUUUGACGGUUUGAUUUAACUGUAUUAUAUCUUUAAGGGUUUAGGGCAAAUAUUAGAUUAAUAAUCUUAGGUUUGGCUAGCUUUUCCAAGAAGUGACACAACCCAAUGCAAGCUGACAAGAACAUGCAUGACAUUUGUUUUACAUGCAAAACCCGAAAGCUCUGUGGCAAACACGCGUUACUUACACAUUUUGUUCAGUACGAUAAUCUUCACAUAUUUACAUCUGUUUUUAUGAUUUUUGUGUGAACAUACAAAUUGCCGUUAGUAAAAAGCUAAUGCUAGGCCACAAACCAACAACACACAACAGGACUGCAUUUUACUACCACGUUCAGUAGUGUCAAUUAACCACCUGCUAGCAACCACUGCUUUUUAAGACACUAAAAAGCUUUAGAAUAACACACGUGAGAUAUUAAGUGACAUGUUUUAUGUUGCAUAACAAAACAUUAGCAUUUCUGACUUGAGUGAACAAUGGAGAAGUAAACGCUGAUGUGCCAAAACUUACAGGCAGCCGCCACUAGUGUCCUCACCCCAAACGCUCCCCUGCAAAUGACCCUUGCUAGUGCACAGACAGAAAAGCACACAUUAGUUAUACUAGAAUAUAGUAGGUAGGGAAGUACACAUCCAUGGCUAACAAAUGAUGAGCAGCAACUUCAGAACUUAUUGACUGUAUGUAAUGUUAGGUGUUGAGACAUGAUGAUGAUGUGAUGAUGAUGAUGAUGAUGAUGGUGAUGGUGAUGGUGAUGGUGAUGGUGAUGAUGAUGAUGAUGAUGAUGAUGAUUGCACAGUGUUUCAAAAAAAUAACAAUUCUAACCAUGGUUACACUUUUGACGUGUGUUAAAAAUACUGUUCAAACUGAAAAUCGGAUUCAAAAUCCAAAUGAAUUAUAUAUUUUGAGCAACAAAGCACAGCUUUAAAAAAUGUGAUUUUAACAUAUAACCGAUUCAAAAGGUUUUUCUUCAUGCAAGCCUCUGUGAUACACUGUGAUACACUGUGAUACACUGUGAUACACUGUGAUACUCUGUGAUACACUGUGAUACUCUGUGAUACACUGUGAUACUCUGUGAUACACUGUGAUACACUGUGAUACACUGUGAUACUCUGUGAUACACUGUGAUACUCUGUGAUACACUGUGAUACACUGUGAUACACUGUGAUACACUGUGAUACACUGUGAUACUCUGUGAUACACUGUGAUACACUGUGAUACACUGUGAUACUCUGUGAUACACUGUGAUACACUGUGAUACUCUGUGAUACACUGUGAUACACUGUGAUACACUGUGAUACACUGUGAUACUCUGUGAUACACUGUGAUACUCUGUGAUACACUGUGAUACACUGUGAUACACUGUGAUACACUGUGAUAUACUGUGAAUCUGUUGUGUGUUUUUAGCCAUGCUAGCUCAGGUCAGUUCUCUAUUUGAUAUACCAACAACUAUUUGAUGGAUCGUCUAUAUUUCUGUUUAUAUCCAUGGUUCCCCCAGUAUGUAGCAUACUAGCUUUGUUGACACCAAUUGUUUGUACAACUCUUGGACUGAUAUUCAAUGAAAUUUGGUUCAGACAUGUAUUCUCCCCGAAAGAUUUGUAUUCACCUUUACCUUUACAUCUGGCCCCACCAUCUGGACAGUGCUAUAAUUUACAAUUUUUUUUUUUAAAUAAUCGAAAAUAAUUAUUGAAUUUGAAAGGCUGAAUGUUGGCUAAAAUGCUAAACAAUAAUGCUAAGCAUGGUAAAUGUUAAAUAUCAGUAAAUAAUCAUCAACAUUGGGGGCAUAUUUGCAUGCUGAUAUUAGCAAUUAGCUCAAAGCACCACCUUGCACAAACACCGCCUCAGACUGGUGCUAGCAUGGCUAAUUGUUAAGUCUAUAAGCUAAUCUUCAUGAUGGGAUUUUCUACAUUUUAUGUUGGUGGGAAUAGACUUUGUACUUUACUAAAUAAAGACAUUUUCCAAACUGU